AUGGAAUAUCCUCUUAUUAUAGGGGGAUGUGGUUUUCUCGGGUUAUCUCUUACUUCACAGCUUGUUAAGCAAAAAACAUGCAAAAAAAUAGCAGUUUUUGACUUAAAUGUGAAAAAUAAAGCGUUUACAUCAGUAAAUUACUUCCAAGGAGACAUCUGUGAUCCAAAGUACUUGAGAGAAGUGAUACAUUUGCAUCGUCCGGACGUAAUUUUUCAUAUGGCAAGCCCAAUUCAUGGUCUUGAAAAAAAAACAUAUGAAAGGGUCAAUAUUGAAGGAACAAAGAAUCUGAUUCAUGCAGCAGUUUUAGAAAACGUUAAAGCAAUUAUAUACACAAGUAGUGCUGGUGUUGUUUUUAAUGGAAAUGAUUUAAUUAACGUGGAUGAAACCAUAGCAAUUCCAAAAGGAACAAUGGAAGCGUAUAAUGAGACCAAAGCAGAAGCAGAACGUCUGAUUCUUGAAGCCAACGGAAAAAAUGGGAUGAUGACAGUUGCAAUACGACCAUCAGGAAUUUUUGGUCCUGAGGAUUCUCAACUUAUACCUGGUAUAAUUACUGUUAUGGAGAAUCGUCAAACGCGAUUUCGGAUCGGAAAUAAUCUUAAUUUAUUUGAUUUUACGUAUGUCGAUAAUGUAGUACAUGCACAUAUUCUUGCUUCUCAGAAGCUAUUUUCUCCUAAUGCUGUAGAUGUUUCAGGAGAAGCAUUUUUUAUUACUAACGGAGAACCAAUAUAUUUUUGGGAUUUCCCAUCGACUGUGUGGGCUUAUUUAGGCCAUAUCCCAUCAAAUAUUAUAUAUUUUCCAAGGUGUAUUGGAAUUAUCAUAGCAUUUUUUUUUGAAAUUUUAUCUUUUAUUACUAGAAAGAAACCAGGAUUAACAAGAUCACGAGUGAAGUUUACUUGUGCCAAUCGUUAUUACAAUAUAAAUAAAGCCAGAAGACGUUUAGGUUAUUCUCCUGUUGUGGAACUGGAAGAUGGAAUAAAACGCACACUAGAAGUAAAGUAA